AUGUGCGCGGCGGCCGACGCCAAGUGGCUGCUGCGGCUGGUGCGGACGGGCCGGCUGGAGGAGCUGCGGGCGGCGCUGGGGCCCGAGGAGGCAGCGCUGGAGGCGGCGCGCGGGGCCGCCCUGGCCCAUCACGCCGCCCGCCAUGGGCGCCUCGAGGUGCUGGCCUUCCUGGUGGGCGUCCUGGGCCUGGAGGGCGCCGACGGCGACUACAAGCGGCCCCUGCACGAGGCGGCGGCCGCCGGCCGCGCCGCCUGCGCCCGCUACCUGCUGCGCCGCGGCGCCGCCGUCGACUGCCUCAAGAAGGGCGACUGGACUCCCCUGAUGAUGGCUUGCACCAAGACCAACCUGGAGGUGAUCGAGCUGCUCGUGGAGCACGGGGCGAACCCUCUGCUGAGGAACAAGGAUGGCUGGAACUGCUUCCACAUUGCGAGCCGCGAGGGCCACCUGCCCGUCCUCCAGUACCUGCUCGACGUGUCCCCAACCUGCUGGGACACUCAGAGCAACAUCAAGAGGACACCCCUGCACACGGCAGCCAUGCACGGCCACUUCGACGUGGUGGAGCUGCUCCUGGCACGGUGCCACUACAAACCUGACAGCAGGGACAACUGCGGAGUCACUCCCUUUAUGGAUGCCAUCCAGAACGGGCACGUGGACAUCGCCCGGCUCCUCCUGGAAAAGCACCAGGCCUGCCCGUCGGCCGCGGACGCGCUGGGCGCUCAGGCUCUGCACCUGGCGGCCGUCACGGCCCAGGACGGCGCCAUCCGCUUCCUCGUGUCCGAGCUGGGCACCGACGUGGACGCGAGAGCGACGGCCCUGCGCCUCACAGCACUGCACUACGCCGCCAAGGAAGGACACACUCACACCAUCGAGACGCUGCUGUCCCUCGGUGCCGACGUCCACGCCAAGGACGGGAAGGGCCGCUCGGGGCUGCACAUGGCAUGCGCGGGGCAGCACGCGGCCUGCGCGCGGCUGCUGCUCGGCGCCGGCCUGCGCGACGUGCCGGACAGCGCGGGCGGCCUCGCGCGCCGCCUCGCACGGGAUCCCCGCGUCCUCCGGCUCUUCCAAGACGCCGACGCCUGAAACUGGCCCAGGAAGAACAUUUGGAGCACAGGGAUGUUCCUCGGCCCUGGCGACUCUCCGGAUUUAGGCGGCCACCUGCGUAAGAGUGGGAUUUUUAGCCGAGGAUUGAGCGCGGAGCUCCAGCUUGCCACGUGGGAAGUGUGGCCAGGAGAAAGCGCUGCCCUAAAUAGGAUUAUCUCGAUGAGAUAACGGGCGUAAUGCACCCGGGCUUUGGCACCGCUGCCCAACCCCGUCCUUGCAAAUUCAUGGCUGCUCUUCCUUCAUGACCAUAUCCCAGGGCUGAUUUACAUCUCCUCAUCUCCGCUUGUGCCAGCACAUCCCAAUGUUGGAAUCCGUACCUCCUCAUGGAAAACCCCGUGAGGAACGUGCUCCGGGUUGAUGACCUCGGGGGACCUGUGUGCCUUGAAGCCCGUGGAGCCUGGCUCUUCACAGGAUGUUUCACAACAUCCUGCAGGAAAAGAUAAACCCGGAGCACUGAUUUCUAAAGCUUUCUCUGGACCCACAAAACUGUUAAACUGCUUUAAGCGACCUCCUCUUUCAGCAGCAUCCUGGAAGAAGCCAAGGAGCUUCAAUGAUCUCCUGGUGACUUCAAGCACCUGGUGACCUCAAGCAACUUGGAGCUGCCUCAGGGUAAGCGAGAUGCUUCCAUGCCACGAUUCAUCACAAAGAUCCCGAGCCGAAGAGACUCCAGAGUGUCCGCCAUGUCCCUGAAAACCAGAGCACCAGGGGCAAUUUCCAGGACUGUGUGUUUCCCUCGGACUCUGCU